ACUACUCGCUCAGGAAGUGGGGGCUUAUUAUUCAGACACAAGAGUCCCACGUGUGUGCGCUGCUAUGGAGUUUGAGGAGCUGGGUAUCCGUGAAGAGUGUGGGGUGUUUGGCUGCAUCGCAUCAGACAAGUGGCCCACACAGUUGGAUGUGCCCCAUGUCAUCACGCUGGGGCUGGUGGGAUUGCAGCACAGGGGACAAGAGAGUGCGGGCAUUGUUACAAGUGAUGGAGCCAGUGUACCGACCUACAGAAAGCAUAAGGGAAUGGGGCUUGUUAGCCAUGUGUUCAAUGAAGAGAGCUUGAGUAAACUGAAUGCCAGUAAUCUGGGAAUUGGACACACUCGUUAUUCAACCACUGGGAAUUCAGAACUGGAAAACUGCCAGCCAUUUGUGGUGGACACGCUACAUGGCAAGAUAGCAGUGGCGCAUAACGGGGAACUGGUAAAUGCAGCCAAGCUCAGGCGAAAGUUAAUGCGUCAUGGCGUGGGGCUCUCUACUAGUUCUGAUAGCGAACUAAUAACACAGUUACUGGCCUUCACUCCACCUAUGGAGAAAGAUCAUACACCAGACUGGAUAGCACGAAUAAAAAAUAUUAUGAAUGAGACUCUUACAUCAUACUCCCUGCUUGUCAUGCACCAUGAUGUCAUCUAUGCUGUACGUGAUCCCUAUGGCAAUCGGCCCCUGUGCAUUGGACGUCUCAUUCCAGUGAAUGCUGAAGACAAAAAUAUUACCGGGAAGUCCUGCCAGGAGAAAUAGUGAAAAUCUCCCGGGAUGGCAUACAGACACUAGACAUUGUGCCCAGACCUGCAGGAGACCCCUCAGCAUUUUGCAUAUUUGAAUAUGUUUAUUUUGCACGUCCUGAUUCAAUAUUUGAAGGUCAGAUGGUUUAUUCAGUAAGACGAAGAUGUGGUCAGCAGUUGGCUUUGGAAGCUCCAGUGGAUGCAGAUCUGGUUAGCACAAUACCUGAGUCUGCAACACCAGCUGCUUUAGGAUAUGCAGAAAAGUGUGGCAUGCAGUAUGUGGAAGUGCUCUGCAAGAACAGAUAUGUUGGAAGGACAUUUAUUCAACCAAACAUGAGGUUACGGCAGCUUGGUGUGGCCAAAAAGUUUGGAGUCUUGUCUGAUAACUUUAUUGGAAAAAGAGUAGUGCUGAUUGAUGACUCCAUUGUGAGAGGCAACACCGUCUCACCAAUAAUAAGGCUUCUGAAGGACUCUGGGGCUAAGGAGGUUCAUAUAAGAGUGGCUUCUCCACCUAUAAAAUAUCCAUGUUAUAUGGGCAUAAAUAUCCCAACAAAAGAGGAACUUAUUGCAAACAGACCAGAAUUCAAGGACUUGGCUGGCUAUCUAGGUGCUGACAGUGUUGUAUACCUCUCAGUAGAAGGACUCACGUCAGCCGUGCGAGAGGGAAUCAAAUCAUUUAAAGAAGAACAGAAUGGUCUUAACGGCACAUCCACAAGAUCGUCAUCUGUUGGCCAUUGUACGGCGUGUCUGACAGGAGAUUAUCCUGUUGAGCUAGAGUGGUAACACUGGCAUCUAUAUGCUGAUCAUAAUAGACUCUCAGCUUCCACUGUGGAAUGUAUCACAAAAUACAGAACUGUUUUUUUCUUUUGUUUGUGAAAACUGUGAUCACUGCAUAUGUCAGUGCUCAUGCAGAAAUAUCCUAGAAAUAGGACUAAAUAUCAGCAAGAAAUGUUUGUUUCUGGUUAAAUAUUCUGUAUAUUAUAUCCAGUACAUUUAUUUUUAACUGACUGAUCUUGUGCAAAUGCUUGUGCUGUGUGUUUGUUUUUUGUUUGUUUUUUAAUAAAUGUUAUUACAUUUAUUGAAUAGACACUUUAUAUCUUGUUUAAAAACGUACCAGCCUUUAUUUUGGACAAUACUGGCAAGUAAUCAUGAAGAAUAAAAGCCUAUAUAAAAUUGCAGCCAUUGAUUUUUAGUGGCCAUUGUUUUAGAACGUCUUCUAUAUUUGCCACUUGAAAUGUGUUUGACUUUUGAGAUGUAUGAUACCUAUCACUGGAAUCAUCGGGAAUUAAUCCAACCCUCCUGGACUUUUUUUUAUUUAUUUUUAAAUGAAGCACCCACAAUGUCUAUAAAGGUAACCAACUGGAUGACUGUUAAAAUAUGCUGUUCAAUUUUUAGAUAAAAAUAAAUUUCUGUUGCCUUU